AUGUUGCAAUCUCGAAAAUUCUACCUUUCCCUUGUUGGCGUUAUUGCAUGGUCAAGCACAGCCGCCGACACCGUCUUGUCUAUCUUGGAAACGGCAUCUCUUUCUUCGUCUCAAUCCUCCCUGGUCAGCAUCGCUGCUGUAGCGAGCACUUUCGACGUCGUUUCUCUCUGCUGUGUCGGCUUCUACAUAUUUCACAAUGUGGGAAACGUCCGCGGAGCCCUAGAGCGAUCAGGUCGGGCAAGGAAGACUUUGGUAACAGUCAGCGUUCUCAUAUCUGGCGCUGCGUUGGUACUGUCUCUCAUUUCGAUCAUCAUGAUCAAGUCAAGAUGGGCAGAGGUCACAGCCGACCCUGCUGUUGCGCCGGUCUCAAAUUGGGACAGCCAUGUUUCGGGACAGAUCGCAGCCUGGGUCGUAUCAUGUCUCAGUCAGGCCAUCCUGUACACCUCAUCGCUAUGGAACCGCAAAGCACCCAAAGUUCAGACUGUCAUCACAUCAGGCCCCCGUGACUCAGUCAUGAGUGAACUGCGGACUUCGCGCCCAAGCCAUCUCAACUUCGCAGAGCACACCCAGCUUGCGACUCCCAUGGCCAUUCAUCAGCAACCCGAGGUCCUUGGAGCCUUGCCCUCGCCCACCUUCUCUACUCGCUCAUCGCAGUCCCUCAGAUCUUUCCGAGAGUCUCUACGUCAUGUAGUCCGCCCAGUCAACUCGCGCACUACUCUCAUCAGCCAGAAGUCCUUCACCAGAGACGCCCCAGCCAGCAUCUACUCGAACCGACAGUCGAUUGACACUGUCUCUCACUCCGAUGGGUUCGAUAGCUGGGACACAAGCAGCGUGAGCCUUCCAGCACGCGAUGUCGUCCUGCAGCAAGCGGCGCCAACAAGGGGCACAACAUUGGAGCCGAUCCCCGGCAGCCGUCCUCACUCGCCCGCUCGCGCGCUGGACGGUCCGUUUCUGUCAGAACUCCCAGAGGAAGAUGAUGAAGAUCUGCCCCCGCCCCCGAAGAUGAUGCCAGACAUCUCGCGCCCACCGAGUCCAGCAUGCAGCGAGGCUCACAUCCACCCCUUGUUCAGGUCGGAGAGCCCAUCAGGUCUGCCACCUCCAACAAUGACCCCUGGUACGAGCAUCAUUGCCAGCCCCUACUCCAACCAAGCCAUCGCAUGUCCGCCACGAUCAUUUAGUCGGAUGAGGUCGAACAGCAAUCUGAGUCAAACCGCCAUGGGCCCUCCCUCUCUCCACCAAGCCAGAAGCUUCACCCGUGAACGCUCAGCAAGCCUCCAAUCAAAGUCCAGGAGCCCAUCUCCCCCCAGCCGCGAAAUGACACCUCCCAUCCCCGACUUCGUGCUCAACUCCUCCCCCCGAAGCAGCAUGAGCGGCUCCCGCCGCGUCGCUCUCCAGUACUCCCCUGAUCGAUGA